GGAAGAUAAAAAGAAGCAAUGGAAAAAAGUAGUGUGCAUCUUAGCCUCUCUCGGGCCAUUUUUCUGAAUUGAUUGGCUAGUUCUGUACCUCUUACCUUCUUUUAUAAAAGCUUGUGGUGUUCUCAAACACUAAUCCUGAUAUGGACGGUGAUCCUGGAGCAUGAAGCACCAACAGAUACAUGGUGUACUGCAGUUGGUUGUAGAGGGCCUGUGGGAUUGACAUCAACAGGACAAUUAUGCCUUGCCUUAUCCAACAAAAGCAAGAGAUUUUAAAAGAUUAAAAGCAUAAAGUGGAAUAUUUGAGAGUUCUUAUUUUUAGCUUUAUGGAAUUCUUAUUCUCUCCAUAAAAUAAGCAUCCAAGGCCCGUUUGAUUCCUCCUUUUUCUAUUAACUCUUGGAGGUUUGAGUCCCAAGGAGCUGCAUAAACAGAAGGUUGGGGACAUUUUUGAAAGCCAUAUAGGAUGAAUGAUUGGGCUGCUCCCCUCAUAGCUGCAGCGUUGUUUGCAUUUCUGUCACCAGGGUUAGUCCUGCAAAUCCCUGGGAAGAAUCAACCCAUUGAUUUUAUGAACAUGAAGACCAGUGUGGCAGCCAUAUUUGUGCAUGCAGUUCUCUAUGCUUUGUUCCUGAUCCUGUUUCUUGUCGUUCUUCAUGUCCACCUCUAUGUCUAAGAACAAAAGGGUGGCUUAAGAAGCUGUGCCAGGCACUCUCUCUACUUGACAGGAUCAGAUUUUCAUUUUGUACUGUUUUAUUUCUUAGUUCUAAUUUGCUGUAUGAUCCCAUGAAAAUCUUGCAGUCACCGAUGAAACUAAAGAAAUCGGUACGGCUUGUAAGCUCUUGUAGUUUUGUUGGAAGUAGUGAAUUUUAAGAAGAAAUGAAACACUUUGCUAUGAAUAGUGCAGUUAUCUGAGCA